AUGAGUACAGCCGUUUUUCUUUUAACAUUAUCAUUCGCCUAUAUUCUUCUUGGUACGUGUGCACAAUUUACUAUCGCUAUAUUUACAUCGGAUCCAUUACUAAAUUUACCUUGGCAGCAUUUUCCAUUUUUCAUCAUUAUUCAAGCUAUUUUCAUCUGUCUUUUCUUUAUUAGCGGUUUUCGUCGUGGUUCAUUUGUAUUUCUCUAUCCAUUUCUUUUAACACUAUUUUUACAUCUGUGUUCAAAUGUUUGGUAUACUUUAAAUAUAAUUCAAAUACGUAAAUAUCCAUCGAAUGAAAUUCAACAAUUUUUUGAUUAUUGUUCUAAGGAAAUAUUAAAUACGAAUUUUGCAACUAAACAAUGCACAUGUACAAGAAAUAAUCAACAUGAUAGAUAUCUUGUGAAUAUGUCCUGUGCAAAAGUUAAACUAUUCAUUGAAUUAAUUCAAUUGAUGCCAUUUAUUAGUAUUCUACUUAUUCUGGCUGAUUUUUAUACAUUCAUAUUACUGGCGUUCGUUUAUGUCUAUGAAAAACGAUCCUUAUUAGACUAUUUACCAGCAACGGAUGAUGAAUACGAUUUAGCAUAA